AUGGCGACACCGACAUCAAUCCGGCCUGUAAUAGGCCGGACUAUCAAUUACACGCGGUUAUUUUCCAACGCCAACAUAUCCUCCCUCGCCAUCCUCCCAACAGCAAGCUCUGUGCAGAGCCGCUGCCCCUUCUCGACAACGCCCGAGCGAAGCAUGCGGCGGCCACGGCGCGACGGCAACCGGCUGCGCGGACUGAGCAGCAUAUACCGGUCGGGCCCGCGGUUCCGCAUGAACAUAGACAAGUCGGAGGUACCGCAGCCGGCGGACUUCAAGCCUGAGAUCAAGGUCGACCCGAACCACGGGCUGUGGGACUUCUUCUACGACCAGGAAAACCUGCUGCUGAAGCCCGACGAGGAGGCCGACCACGGCCGUGGGUGGAGUGUCGAGGAGCUGCGCCAUAAGAGCUGGGACGACCUGCACAGGCUGUGGUGGGUGUGCGUCAAGGAGCAGAACCGCAUCGCCACGGCGCGCAAGGAGAGGAGCCGCAUGCAGCUGAAGACCGGCACGGAAGAGACGGCUGAGAGGCUGGCAGAGGUCCGCAAGACCAUGAAGGCAAUCAAGCACACCCUGACCGAGCGGUACUACCUAUGGGAGGAUGCGAGGAAGCUGGGUGAAGCAGACCCCGAGGUCAAUCUCAGUGCUAUAGGAAACGCCUACACCCCAAGCGAUUAUCUGGACCCGGCGAUGUAUGAAAGUGCCCCUGAGCAGGUUGAGGCUGGCGAAGGGACACGGCAACAGAUAGCUGGAGGAGGCGCAGAGGCGGAACCGUUGACAGAGCCUUCAACGACACAGCCCCAAGGGGUCGACCCGUCCACCAUGCCGCCGAAAGAUACCGACAGCCCCCAGUCACCAGCGAGGCCCCUGGGAUAG